AUGAACAUCUCUGCACUGAGCAUCUCUGGGCUCCUCCAGGUGGCCUUGCUUCUCAGCCUGCUUCUGUUGUUGUUCAAGGCAGUCCAGCACCACCUGCGCAGACAGUGGCUGCUGCGGGCACUCCAGCAGUUCCCAUCUCCACCUGCUCACUGGCUCUUUGGGCACCAACAGGAGUUCCUAAAGAAUGAUGACCUUCAACACCUGCUAACACGUAUAGAGAAAUACCCAAGUGCUUCUCCUCUGUGGAUAUGGGGGAGUGAGCUUUUCGUUCUGGUCUAUGACCCUGACUACAUGAAGGUGAUUCUGGGGAGAUCAGACCCAAAGGCUCACAUAUACAGAUUUUUGUUGCCAUGGAUUGGUUAUGGAUUGGUCAUGAUAAAUGGGCAGAAGUGGUUCCAGCACCGGCGGAUGUUGACCCCAGCUUUCCACUUUAACAUCUUGAAGCCCUAUGUGGGGAUCAUGGCAGACUCUGUGCAAGUGAUGCUGGACAAGUGGGAGCAAUUCACUGACCAGGACAAUUCUGUAGAGAUCUUUCCACAUGUCUCCUUGAUGACCCUGGACACCAUCAUGAAGUGUGUCUUCAGCUACCAGGGCAGUGUCCAGCUGGACAGGAAUUCCCAGCCCUACCUGCAGGCUGUUAAUGACCUGAAAACCCUGAUUAAUACCCGUAUGAGGAAUAUCUUCUACCAGAACAAUGGCAUCUACAAGCUGACCUCAGAUGGCCGCUGGACCAACCGUGCCUGCCAGAUCGCCCAUGAGCACACAGAUCUAGUGAUCAAGCAGAGGAAAGCUCAGCUGCAGGACAAGGGAGAGCUGGAAAAGUUCAGGGAGAAGAAGCACUUGGAUUUUCUGGACAUCCUCCUACUUGCCAGAGUGGAGAAUGGCAGCAGCUUGUCUGACGAGGAACUACGUGCUGAGGUGGACAGUUUCAUGUUUGGGGGACAUGAUACCACAGCCACUAGCAUCUCUUGGAUCUUCUAUGCUUUGGCCACACACCCUGACCACCAGCAGAGAUGCAGGGAGGAGAUCCAGAGUAUCCUGGGGGAUGAAGCUUCCAUGACCUGGGACCACCUGGAGAAAAUGCCUUACACCACCAUGUGCAUUAAAGAGGCUCUGAGACUCUACCCACCGGUAUCAAAUGUGGGCAGAAAGCUCAGUAAACCUGUCACCUUUCCUGAUGGACGCUGUUUACCUGAAGGUCUCACAGUUCUUCUCUCUAUUUAUGGUCUCCACCACAACCCAAGAGUAUGGCCAAAUCCAGAGGUGUUUGACCCUUCCCGCUUUUCACCAGAUUCUAAUCAUCAUAGCCACUCUUUCCUGCCAUUCUCAGGAGGAGCAAGGAACUGCCUUGGAAAACAGUUUGCCAUAUACAAGCUAAAGGUGGCCGUGGCUUUGACCCUGCUCCGCUUUGAGCUGCUGCCAGAUCCCACCAAGAUUCCAGUCCCUGUAAUACAGCUUGUGUUGCAGUCCAAGAAUGGGAUCCACCUGCAUCUCAGGAAGCUCCAGUAAUGCGGGUCAGAUGUCUGCAGCGGCUUUCCUGAGUGAAAACGAAGGAUUUCAAGAGGUCUGAGGAAGGAUCCCUUCUGCUAUGUUCCAGCUUCUAGAGUUUUACCCUCAAGGUCUCCCACUGAGUAGAUUUAGCGUCCCAGGGUUGUUCUUCAUUGAAGAACUGAUUUUACGUUUAAUCAAGUAACGGUAAUUCAGCCCAGCCACACUGAAGUAGAACUAAUUGAACAUGAAAGUAAACAUGAAAUUCUAUGUUUGUCAAUUUAGCAUGGAGACAUAUUUCCUCACAUCUACCUAAUCUGAAAAUAAAACUUUGUUGUUUUCCUGA